AUGCGGCUACCUAAUUAUGUGUUCGCCGGCUUGGUUUCCCUCCCAAUAACUUUUGCCAAUCUUCUAGGGCCGUCAUAUCCUCCUCCCAGGGACUUGUCCAGCAGCCGCAGUCUGGUCGCCGCCAGCUGGAAGAACCUGACUUCCCAACUCAACACUGUCCUCGCCGAUAACCAUGCCGACCAAACGAGUCCGGUGUCUGCACUGAAGAACCUCACAUUCUCUGCUGGGUUGUUUUCCACACUUGACCCGAAAGCAAAGGAUCUUCAAAUCCACCACACCGCCAAGGAAGUUGCAAACUCCCCGGUUGGAGCGAGGAAGGUGGAUGGAAACAGCAUCUACAAGAUUGCCAGUGUAUCGAAACUCUUUACUGUUCUUGCUGGGCUUAUAGAGCUGAAGCCCCGGGACUGGGACCGUCCAAUCACCGACAUCUUCCCAUUCUUGGCUGAGCAUGUUCAGAAUCAACACAACAAGUCCCGGCUUGUCUAUGAUGUUCAAUGGGACAAGAUCACCCUCAAAUCCCUUGCGGGUCAGAUGAGCGGCAUACCACACGGUGCCACCGAAGACUUCCUACAAACCUUUGCUCUAUACAAGUAUAUCGAAGGCUCUGAUGAACCUGCCUUGACUGAUCCAAAUUUCUACGGUCUUCCACUCCUGAACGAGAGCAACUUGUCGCUAUGGCCAUCAUGCUUGGGCGAACAGACCAUGGGCUGUAACCCAGUUUCUUGGGAUGUGUCCCACGCCCCAAGGCCGCCAGUUUUCCUUCCCUGGCAAAGCCCCGAGUAUGCGAACGGUGGUUAUAUCUUCCUCGGUCUCGCAAUCUCAAAUCUCACAGGGAAGACCAUGGAUAAAUGUCCACUUACUCGUCUCCGCCUGCCAACUCCACGCGCCCCCCGUUCCGUUCUCUCGGAGGAGCUUGACACACAAUUCACACCAGAUGGAGGCGCUACAAACCCCUCCGGUGGGCUAUUCUCGACAACCAACGACCUCUCCAAGCUCGGUGUCGCCCUCCUAAAUUCCACCCUCCUCCCCUCCGAAAAGACACGGGAAUGGAUGAAACCCGUCACUCACACUUCGAGUCUACGCUACUCGGUCGGCUCACCGUGGGAGAUUUAUCGAUUCGUCCACGCAGGAUCAGGCGUAGUCACCGACCUGUACACCAAACUCGGAGACUCCGGAUACUAUGGUGGCAUCGUGGUCGUGAUACCCGACUUCAACGCUGGCUUCACUCUCCUCAGCGCCAGCACGCAACCCAGCCGCAGCAGCGAGGUCCUCUUAGCCAUUGACCUUAUCACUAAUGCCAUCAUUCCAGCGCUUAUGGCGCAAGCCGCAGCAGAAGCGGGGCAUAAUUUCGCCGGAGCAUACAAAGCCGAAGACUUGAAUUCGUCAUUGACACUCACUGUUGUGCCACCUACCGAUCCCGCGCCUGGUUUGAAUAUCACUUCGUGGAUUAGCAAUGGCACGGAUAUCACGGCGUUAGUGCCGAGACUCUUUGGUGGUAUCGGCUCAAGACUUGUGCCGUCUAUUGUUUCCGAGAAGGCCAGUGGGGAACUCGCUUUGCGGGGAUACACAGUUACUCAGGGCCAGCAUCCUGGAGUGGGUUCCUCAUCAAGUCUGUUCUCUUCUUUCUAUGAUUUCAACGACUGGACUAUGCUGGACCAGUUGACUUGGGGCGGUAUAGCUACCUCACUCUUCGUUUUUGAUGUCGAGGAAACUGGAACUGUCAAGUCGGUGACACCGGGUGCCUACAGAGUGAGGAUGGCGAAGCAGUGA